AUGUCAGCUCCACCAUCGCCCAACGCCAUGAAGCGCAGAAACCUGGAGGAUAUCAAUGAACGAAUUACGACGAAGAAAGUGAAGAUUUCUAGCGGGGGUUCGGCACCCGCAUCACCAACUGCGGAUGUGGAUGAAGAAAAACUCGAUCAUUCUCGCGUAACUGGAGUGUUGGCUGAAGACGAGCCGCGAGAGCAAGGGCAAGAGCAAAAGCAGGACGAAGCUCCUAGUGAGAAUUCCGAUCUGGGGGCUGAUAUUCUUCCUACGCACGAUGCUGGUUGCUACCCUGGCGAUGCGUAUGCACAUAUCUUUACGGCGGAGAUGGAGGACGCGUUGGAUAGGGCGGCGAAGAUGCGGAUUCCCGGGGAGGAUGAGGAGGAUGGAGGUGAAGAUGGAGGUGAAGGUGAGCUGGGAAGGGAGGAGCGUGGAGGGGAGGCGCAGGUGAUGGUGGAUGAGGAGGAGCGUCCCAGCACCCCCAGCACAAACGACUGGAUCAUGCAGCCCGAGACUGGCGAUCUCGAGGCCAACACGAACAUAGAAGGCUCAGGACUCCCAGACCUUAUCAGCCCCAGCCCCGGCGAAGCGGACAGCGACGACUUGGAACUGGAACCCGGCCAACCCAUCGGCGACGAAGGAAGCCUCGCUUGCGAAUGGGCGCUCGGCCCGCAGUGGGCAGACAUCCCCCUCGUCGAGGCGAUAUGCUGCAUGCCGCCGCUGCCUGCGUGGAGCGAGGAGCAGCAGGCGGAGCUGGAGAGGGCGGCUGCGAUGCCGCUGCCGGAUGAGAGUGAGGAUAUGUGA